GCCGAAGCUGGAAUGCCCUCGGCCCGCUGUUCUCGCCGGCGACUAGCGGAACCUGCUGGCACGGUUCCGGAAGCUCCGCGGGCUGCGCGAGGCUGGUUGCUGAGGAGGGCGAUCCUCGGUAAACCGCCGCCCCGGCCGAGUCAGCAGGAAUCAUCAGAUCCAUUGCUACUUGCAAGGACUCCGCCAUGCCUCACAUAGACAACGAUGUGAAACUGGACUUCAAGGAUGUCCUCUUAAGGCCCAAACGCAGCACCCUCAAGUCUCGAAGCGAGGUGGAUCUCACAAGAUCCUUUUCCUUUCGGAACUCAAAGCAGAUGUACACUGGCGUGCCCAUCAUUGCAGCUAAUAUGGAUACCGUGGGCACUUUUGAGAUGGCCAAGGUCCUCUGUAAGUUCUCCCUCUUCACUGCUAUCCAUAAGCACUACAGGCUUGACCAGUGGCAAGAGUUUGCUAGCCAGAAUCCUGACUGCCUUGAGCAUCUGGCUGCCAGCUCAGGCACAGGCGCUUCUGAUUUUGAGCAGCUGGAACAGGUCCUGGAAGCUAUUCCCCAGCUGAAAUAUAUCUGCCUGGAUGUGGCCAAUGGCUAUUCAGAACACUUCGUUGAAUUUGUGAAGGAUGUACGAAAGCGCUUCCCCCAACACACCAUCAUGGCCGGAAAUGUCGUAACUGGGGAGAUGGUGGAAGAACUCAUCCUUUCUGGGGCUGAUAUCAUCAAAGUAGGAAUUGGGCCAGGUUCUGUGUGUACCACCCGCAAGAAAACGGGAGUAGGGUAUCCUCAGCUAAGUGCUGUGAUGGAGUGUGCAGACGCUGCUCACGGCCUCAAAGGCCACAUCAUUUCAGAUGGAGGCUGCAGCUGUCCUGGGGACGUGGCCAAGGCUUUCGGAGCAGGGGCUGACUUUGUCAUGCUGGGUGGCAUGCUGGCCGGACACAGCGAGUCAGGUGGUGAGCUCAUUGAGAGAGACGGCAAGAAGUACAAGCUCUUCUAUGGGAUGAGUUCUGAAAUGGCCAUGAAGAAGUAUGCUGGGGGUGUGGCUGAAUACAGGGCCUCAGAGGGAAAGACGGUGGAAGUUCCCUUUAAAGGGGAUGUGGAAUAUACCAUCCGGGACAUCUUAGGGGGGAUACGCUCGACAUGUACCUACGUGGGAGCAGCCAAGCUGAAGGAGCUGAGCAGGAGAACUACGUUCAUUCGUGUCACUCAGCAGAUGAACCCCAUCUUCAGCGGGGAGCACUAGAUCCCAGCACUCUACCAUGGGGCUUCCUGAGCAGGCCCCUCCCUGUCCCAGCUGCUGUGCCUACGCAUGCAUUGUCUUGUCAUUUCCUAGUGGCUCACUCAUAAGUGCUCCUGUGGUAAUGCUACACUUCCCUGUUUGCACACACAAAAUACCCAGGGCACUCGACUGAGGAGGAAGCAAGUGAAAAGACAGUCUGAGGAAAUGCAGAAAGAUAAUCCAGGGGGAUCUGGGAACCCAGCACCCCAAGAGUACUACAAGGAAAUAACACUGAUCAGUCCAUAAGUGUUUUACGUAGCCUUUGUCUGGAAGAGUCAGGGCUUUCAAAAUCAUGUCAUGUUAAUGAGCUUCUUUAAAUGGGACCUUUAUAUAUCUAAAGAAAACACAGAAGCUUUUAUGCAUUUGAAAUACCUCAACAAAGAGACUCCAUCUACUAUAAAGAGACACUGGGGCUUUCUACCUAACGUUGGUGCCCUGGCGCUGCUCCAGUAUAAGCGGAUAUGGGGCCAGCACCAACUGCGGUGGUCAAGGACCAAGUACAAUUCAAUCUCCAUUCUGGUGCCACCAUCUCCAGGUAACCUGGUGUCAAAGUGUGUCCUGGCAUCAGGACAUACAAACCUUCCAAACAGCAAAAGGACAUGGUUUCUGGGCUCUCAACCACGGCUGAGAAGGGUUCUUCUGCAUG